AUGAAAUUCACAUUGCUUGCUCUCUUUGUCGUCGUGAUUAUUGCGCUUGCGCAAGGCGCUCCUGCACAUGAAUUGGAAGUUCCCACUGGUGCAUUGGUGACGGCCACCGAGAGUUCCGAAGCGAUCGAGCUAUUCGGCGCUAGCGCAAGUCGAUCCCGCCAACGUUGCACCAUACCACGUUGUUUCGCCGUUUGUGCUUCGCUCGGGUACGGCUGGGCAAGGUGCACACCACAGGGAAUAUGCCAAUGUAGGAAAUAA